CAUCAGCUGCACUCUCUAACCCGGAUUCGACCGGGUUAGUCGCACCAUUAAGCGAAUCAGUCGUGAGGGUGGAGGUCAUUUGAUCCUCUACUAUGCCAGCUUAGUGCUAAGUUCUUCUUCACCGUCUAAUCAGGCAGGGCUUUUCCGGUGGAAUUUGUUAUGCCAUCUUUUUUCCCUUUCCCCUUCCUUUUGAAGAGCGGAUUGGAAGUCAAUUUUCCCGAGUGUUUAACCUGCUCCCGAGUCAAGUGAGGGCUCUCCCGAUUACAUACGUAGAGAGGGACGUGUUAUCUCAUUUUUAGUCCAGUGGUUAGAGACUUGGAAUUUGAUAAAAGCCAAUCUGACGGGUUUAUGUCUCCUCGUCAAAGUCGAUUGUACAUAUGUAGAAGUCUGUUGUUGUACUUUUGGUGCACUCGUGUCUCUUAUCAACUUCCCUCAUGACGGCAGAGGGAGAUAACCAAAAUAAUACUAAGUUUCUUCGCUUGCGGAAGAGCGUCUCAAACUUUUGUGACAGUGGGAUCAAAAAGCCUCUUCGAAGCGGAAUGUCGUCACUUUUGUGCCUCAAGACCCCCACCAACUUGUCAGAGGAGGACUUGGAUUUCCUGGCAACGCAUACGGCCUGUGACAAGGAGCAAUUGAAGAUUCAAUUCGAGAACUUCGUCGAGAAGCAUCCCAAUGGCGCGAUCUCCAAGCGAGACUUUCGAAAUCUGAUGAAGUCCUGCUUCCCGAAACAAGACUCGAGCGUGUUAGAAAAGAACAUAUUCAACAUGUACGACACUGAUCGAGACGGAUCAAUCAGUUUUAAGGAGCUCAUGAUUGUCAUGUAUAUCAUGUCUAAUGGAUCCGUGGAGGACAAUUUGAAGCAAAUAUUCAAAGUAUUUGAUGCCAACGGAAAUGGCAUGAUCUCUAAGAAAGAGAUGAAGAAACUGGUGCAAGAUAUUUACCACCUUCUCGAUGAUGGGAAACCCGAUAAAGGCAACAAGAUUAAAAAGGCCUUGAUUGAGAAUGCCAUGCGUGAGAUGGACGCCGAUAACGAUGGACAAAUUUCCGAAGAAGAAUUUGUGAAAGCAGUCUUGAAUCAACAGAAAGUGGCUAGAUUAUUGACCCUCAAAGUCGUGCAAGUCUUUGAUCCCGACCCCAGUCAAGCUAAACUUAGCAUAUAAAAAGCUUGUCAAGCAUGUAAUACCUUAACGGGUGAAAAAUAUGAAUAAAACUGUGCGAACCAAAUCAAA